AUGGCAAUUAAAUCAAAUGAUUUCAGAAUCAAAUGGCUGAUAGUUGGUCUAUUAGCAGGAAUAAUAGUAACAGUUGUUUUACCUGACUUCUUUCUAUUAAACAAUUCGAAUACAAAUCAAAAUAUUAACUUAGCUAAUUCAAAACCGGAACAUAAAUUUGCUGAAUAUUCUCAAUGGCCACCAUUUUUAACUGAUCCAACAUUUGAUUUACUUGCAUGGCGUAAACAUUGUUGGGCAAAUCAAAUGUCAUUACCUACAGGCGAUCAAAAAUUGUAUUAUAAAAAAAAUUUUACUGCACAUGCUAUUUGUCGAAAUGUUAUAGAUAAUAUUCAAUCAAUUUAUAAUAUUGAAACAAAAAUUGCUAGUGUACAACAUCCGACAAUGUUCGCUGAAAAAAUCAAAAAACUAUUUAAUUAUGAUGCGAAAUUAUAUGAGAAAGCAUUAGACCAGGAUCUUUAUUUUGUUAUGAACAAAUAUUCAUUUGAAGAAACAGUUUAUAAUCCACUUCGUGGCCGUCGUCCUAUUCAACAACCUGAAAUUCCUAUUGAACAAUAUUUAAAAGAAACAAUGGAAAAAACAUCUCAAGUUUGUGAUUUAUGUAAUUAUCAAAAAAUGACAGCAACAGAUAGCCUAGGUCGAAUGGAAAAUCGAAAUGCAUAUUCAGCAGCUAAUGCAUUUAAAUUUGAUCAAUGGCAUUCAAUGUUUAUGCCAAAACAACAUGAUAUUACUAAAAUAACAUUAGAAGAAUUGAAAGAUGUUUAUACAUUAGCUUGGAAAUGGAUUCGUGCUGUACAUAAACAAUCACCAUCACAUCGUUUUCCGGCUCUUCUUUGGGAUAGUCUUCCACAUGGUGGUGCUUCACAAGUACAUCCACAUAUUCAUGCAACUGUUCAUUCAAAUCAUUAUUAUGGUCAAUUUGAAUCAAUACGUUCUGCAUCUGAACAAUACUAUCGUGAUUAUAAACAUGUUAAAAAUCAAAAAGGAAAAAAUUAUUUUCGUGCUAUGCAAGAUAUUCAUACUGCGCUUAAUUUGACAAUACCAUUAAGUGGUUUAACAAUACUUGUACCUAUUACAUCACGAAAAGAAUAUGAUAUAAUUGUAUUAGCAGAAAAUUUUGAUGAACGUUUUAUUGAAGUAAUUUACCAAAUACUCCAAGGUUAUUUUAAUAAACUAAAACAAUAUAGUUUUUCUUCAUGUUUAUACUUACCACCUUUAUCACCAAAUAAAGAUGAUGGUGGUUUAACACCUGUUUAUUUUCGUAUUAUACCUCGCGGCCAACCAUCUAGUCUACUAUCAGAAGUUUCAAGUCUUGAUCUAUUUUCUAUAUAUAAUGUUAACAAACUUCCGUCUGAUCUUUUUGCUGAAAUUGUAACGUGGUUUAAAGCAACAUAG